GCCAAAAAGACAAGGCUGUGCUCUACCAUUCAUCCCUUUUGGGUUCAGAGCUCCGUGGCGUCGCGGCGCACCAAGCAGGCUCUGUUGGCUGAAGUCUUUCCUUCCAGCCUCCAGCUGGGUCUGGCUGUCGGAGGAGGUUCCCUUUGCACCGUGCUUGGUCUCUGUUUAAAAUAGCAGCCUGGGGAGAAGGAGGCUGCUCAGUGGAGUCAGCGGUGGGGGAUUGGUGUCCCAAAUGCCAUGUUGUGUCUGCACGCUGACUGAUGGAAUUGCUCCUCCAAGAAACCAUUUAUCUCGUGACUUCAUGAGUCAAGCCAGGAUGGAGCUGGAGCUUUUGACCUCGCUACUGAUUUAUCACCACUCCUUUUCUUCUUUUUAAUUGGUUCGGCAAUCUCAAAGCAUCAUUUAAGGCUGAAAAUGAAGAUUAGCAGCCCCGGAGGCAGCCCUGACCUGUUGUCGAUGGAUGUGAGAUCGUGGCCCCUGGCCCCACUGCUGGUUGUUGCAGGAGGGCUCCAGGUGCCAUGCACAACUGCAAAGCUCCACUCCUGCCCUGUCCCGCAUUGCUUUCCGCUCCCACUCUUAGCUAAUUCUGUAAAGAGCUAAAUAGAGAGUUUAAUGGGCAAGCCUAUGCUGCAGAGGAGCAGUCAGCUGAAGCUGUGGAACAAGUACAGAGUCUCCAACAUUCCUUCCCUGAUAUUUAUCGAUGCCUCUACUGGGAAGGUGGUUUGCAGGAACGGCCUCCUGGUAAUCCGCGAUGACCCAGAAGGUCUGGAGUUUCCAUGGGGGCCAAAACCCUUCAGUGAAGUUGUUGCUGGGCCUCUGCUAAGGAACAACGGCCAGACACUAGAUAGCAGCGCUCUGGAGGGUUCUCAUGUUGGAGUCUACUUCUCCGCACACUGGUGCCCACCCUGCCGAAGCCUCACGCGGGUCCUGGUGGAGUCCUACAGGAAGAUCAAGGAGGCGGGCCAGAAAUUUGAGAUACUCUUCGUUAGUGCAGACAGGUCAGAGGAUUCCUUCAAGCAGUAUUUCAGCGAGAUGCCCUGGGUAGCUGUCCCGUAUACGGAUGAGGCCAGACGGUCACGCCUGAAUCGACUCUAUGGCAUACAAGGCAUCCCAACGCUCAUCGUGCUGGACUCCCAGGGCGAGGUGAUCACGCGGCAGGGGCGGGUGGAGGUGCUGAACGACAUCGAGUGCCGAGAGUUCCCCUGGCACCCCAAACCCGUGCUGGAGCUGACAGACUCCAACGCCGUGCAGCUGAACGAGGGCCCCUGCCUCGUUCUCUUUGUAGAUUCAGAGGAUGACGGAGAGUCGGAGGCAGCGAAACAACUGAUUCAGCCCAUAGCUGAAAAAAUCAUUGCCAAGUACAAAGCCAAAGAGGAGGAGGCACCGCUGCUCUUCUUUGUGGCAGGCGAGGAUGACAUGACUGACUCGCUCCGAGAUUACACCAACCUGCCUGAGGCUGCGCCCCUGCUCACCAUCCUGGACAUGUCGGCCAGGGCCAAGUACGUGAUGGAUGUGGAGGAGAUCACGCCGGAGAUCGUGGAAGCCUUCGUCAGCGACUUUCUAGCAGACAAGCUAAAACCCGAGCCCAUCUAAGGGAGCUUCUGCGCCAACAGACAUUAUUUAAAACUAGGUCUCUCUUCCGCCGCUCAUGGAUUCUCCAGCGUGUUCUCACGCCCGACCCAGUAUCCAACCUUCUUGUGGUGCCUUGUUCUACGCAGUGAAUCCUUCUCCUAAGCAAACUCCUUGAGAUGCACUUUCAGCAGGGAGUUGUUGGCGUUUGGAGACUUCGCUUGUGCUUCAUGGUGAUAUAUUCUCUAAUAACCAGGCCAGAACUGUUACCGUACUUACUUUAUACACGGCACUAGCUAGCAGGCAAUCUUUUUGCAUGGUGUUCUUCCCAACGUAUGCAUCAGGCGGUGGAUGGGGUUCUCGGGGCUCUUUUCUUCUCCUUCUCCCCUUUCUUUCCUUUCCUACAACCUCUGCUGACUAAAUUACUUUAAGGAAGCAAUAAGGAAAUUGUCCCCUUCGCCCUCGCCCCACCUUCCUUCCCCACUCGAGUAACAGUGCCCCGAUGAGGCCAAACAAAGUCUUAACUGCUGACAACCUCUGAAAGACCAUGGCGCAGCCGGGCUUUUCCUCCUCGGGGUGAGAACUUCCUGGGCAGUUGUCCCACCCCACACACCGACAGCCUUAUGCAGCGUUGGCUGCGCACACUGGGGGAAGUCCAGCCCCCCCGUGGCACACAGACAUCCCCUCCUGCACUGAGCCAGGAGCAGAACACCACCAGGCUGCCCUUGUCUCCCCGUGGUCUCUCCCUUGUGCUCUCCCCGUCCCCCUCUCCCUCUUGCUCCUUCUCUCUGGUUAUGAAUUGUCGACCCCUCUAUGUUAGUUGUUUUUUUGUAGGUGUGUCCCAAACCCGACAGUAAUGGUGCUGUUCUUUAAAAAAAAAAAAAAAAAAGAAAGAAAAAAAAAAAAGAAAAAAAAAAUUUCCUCCCCAGUCCCUAGCAGCACAGCCAAGCCCCCUCAAAAAGUGACAUUGUAAAAACUGUACAUGGUGAUUGGAACUUUGUAAUAAAACUGAUACAAUAACCGA